CCGAGAAAGCCAAAUCACAGCUUGAGCACCUGCAAGAGUGACUCAGGAGAGAAAUUAUCUUAAACUUCCCCUCCCAGUCUUCCCCAGAGACAAUCCGGAUGGGAAAACCCAGCUGAAAGGGGCCAUGGGGGAGAAAACUUGUACCCCUUUUCUAGAAUUUACUUUUUUUACCUUUAAAGGGAGUUCUUGACCUAAAAUUACAUAAGGGAGGGGAAUAAAUUCCAGGGGGCGCUGGGAGGCCAGGCUCCUGAAACAGAGCUAGGGUUAGGGAGUGGAGCCCUGAGGAGAAAGAAAUGGGGGCUGGGAAAACAGUAAACCUGAGUGUGUUGGGGGGGCGGGGGAAAGGGAGAUGGAGGAGGCCCCAGAGUAGGGCGGGGACACUCCUUAAAAGCCCGUCCUGGUUCUGACCGGCCUACUACCAGGCACUUGCCGCCCCCCUCCCCUCCCCUCUGCAUCCCCACCGAGGGUGAUUGAAGAAAGAAGGUAGCCACGGAAAUCCGCCGAAACCCGGAGCGGUAGGGACUCCAGGAAACCAGGCGCUCCAGGGCCUGAGAAGCAUACCUUCACACCUUGUCGAAUUACUUCUUGGAGGGGGGUGGGGGGGGUGACCCUGGAUUUGAGGGUGAUACCGAAGGAAAGCUGUGGAAGGAGAGAACAAGAGCUCCAGAGAAGCCAGCUACCUGCUGCCGGUGCUCAGCACUGGCUUUCUGGCCCUGCAAGGUCAGAGACUGCUCAGUGGCCAUACGGAUUGGGGGACAAGGUAGCGCAGAUUCUUCUACUUUAGUGUGGGAGGGAGCGGGAGGCUUGCGUAUGUGUGGAGGGGGGUUACUUCAGGCAGCCUCCCAUUGAGAUACCAGCUUUAGGAUAACCCGCCGCUUCAAGACCCGGGAUCGGGCAGGGAGCCCUAUAAGCGCUUCCCUGAGCCUCCUCCCCAUCUCCCCCUCCUCCCCCAGGCUCAUCAGCUCCAUGGCGCUGCCGCGGUCUUCUCCGCUCCAGGCCUGGGCCCUGAUGCCCCCUGCUCCCACUGCUUUCGCAUCUCCCACGUCUCAUGCCUUGGAGCACGAGAGCCCCGGGAUUCCCGGCGAGAUUCCCACCAAGGUGAAGCGGCCCAUGAAUGCGUUCAUGGUGUGGAGCUCAGGCCAGCGUCGCCAGAUGGCGCAGCUUCACCCCAAAAUGCACAACUCGGAGAUCUCCAAGCGCUUGGGCGCGCAGUGGAAAUUGCUGGGGGAGGCUGAGAAGCGGCCCUUCGUAGAAGAAGCGAAGCGACUCCGGGCGCGACACCUGCGCGACUAUCCCGACUACAAGUACCGGCCGCGCCGCAAGAUCAAGAACACCAGCCUGGGCCCCGCAGGUCUGGAGCUGGCCAGGCCAAGCAGGGGCAGCGGCAACCGCGGAGCCGAGUCCGGUUGGGGGACGGGGGGCUUCGGCUAUCAGCCCCACUACCCCAUUUCCUAUCUGGCUGACGGCUGCAGAGCUCACCACUAUAAGCCGGAGGCCCUUUCCCUUUGUUCCCUUCCUCUUGGAGCUCCACUCCAAGGGGAGUUGUUGAACCCGUACAAUUCUUAUUCCCCUGGCCCCACCUCCUACAAUCCUCCUCUCCUGGGUCCCACCCCCUGACCCACCUUUAAUACCCUAGAGUCC